CAAAUGAAAUGGUGAAGUUGGAAUAUCAUAUUAUAUAUACUUGUACUAAAAAAAAAAAGAAAAAACAUCAUAUUGUGCAUAUGUAUAUAAUACAAAAAAAUUAUCUGAAUUAUAUUUAUUUAUUUUCGGAUAAUUAAAUUAAUCAGUCGACGCCGAGCUUGGAUUUGUGGGGUUUAACGUGCGCAUGCAUAUAACCAUGUAUAUGUUUUUAUAUACUCGCACACAAGACUUAAUGAACUUUAUUUAAGCCUUCUGAAUUAUCAACUCUCCUCACCAAGUUGUACGAACCAAUAUCCAACAAAAGAAGUCGAAAAGAUUGAAGCUGUUUUGGUGCUAAAAAGAUGGUGCAGCUAUCCAACAUAUUCAACACACUAUCAAAAAACAUAUCAAAUAAAACUGCAAAGAAGAGCAGGCUUAGCACUGGAGGGGAGGCUGCAGUUGUUCUAGCAAAGGAAGCAAAGAGGAAUGAGCUGCUGCUAACCUCUUCUGGUUUCAUCAAUGGCAGAAACAACGAAACCUUAGCUUCUAGCCACACGAAACGAGGCAAAAAGGGACUCAAUCAGGAUUGCUUCCUUGUGUGGGAGGAGUUUGGAUGCCAAGAAGACAUGGAUUUCUGUGGAGUUUUUGAUGGACAUGGAGCAUGGGGCCAUUUUGUGUCGAAAACUGUUAGGGAGCUGUUGCCAUCGUUGUUGCUCUGUAGUUGGCAAGAGGCCGUUGAGCUCAAUGCAUGCGAUUUGGAUUGCAGCUUGGAAUCAAAGAAGAAACAGAUCCAGUUUGAUGUGUGGGAGCAAUCUUUCUAUAAGGCUUGUGCUGCAGUUGAUCAAGAACUCGAGCAGUGUCCUGCUAUCGACUCUUUUUACAGUGGAUGCACUUCCUUGGCACUUGUUAGACAGGGUGAUCUCAUGAUAGUUGCAAAUGUGGGCGACUCACGGGCCGUGCUAGCAACUACUUCAGACGAAGGGAAUUUGGUCGCGACUCAGCUUACAACUGACCACAAACCAAAUUUACCAUAUGAGCGCAAACGAAUAGAGAAGUCAGGAGGGACGACUUACUCCUGCCCGGAUGAGCCAGGUGUGCAUAGGGUCUGGCUGCCAAAUGGGCAGGCGGUCAGAGGCCCGGGCUUGGCUGUGUCGAGAGCAUUUGGUGACUACUACAUCAAAGACUUUGGCCUAAUCUCUGAGCCACAGAUAACACAAAGGAGCAUAAGCAGCAUGGAUCAGUUUGCUAUAUUGGCAACAGAUGGGGUGUGGGAUGUGAUUUCCAAUGAAGAAGCAGUGGAGAUUGUUGCUUCUUCAAAAAGGGAUGAAUCUGCAAAAAGGCUGGUUGAAUAUGCAGCUUGUGCAUGGAAACGCAGGGGAAGAUGUGCUGUAAUGGAUGACAUUUCAGCUGUCUGUCUCUUCUUUCAUCGUUCCGAUCAAGCAGACGACGACGUGAAGGCGAACAACGGGCGAAUGUACUAGAUAGCCGUGUAGCGAUUGCAGAUUUCUCUCGAUCAUGUGUACAUAUAUGUCUUGAGAUCAAGGACACUCGUUGAUCUAACAUGUAGCUAAUGAAAGAGUUAUUUGUGCAGGCGAAAUAUCUAUAUGGGCAUGUGUCACAUAUCUAAUAGAUUUUGUUUAAUCGGAUGAGGGUAGUUAGUGAAAAUGAAAUAAUAUUUGGACUUUUUCCCUUCAA